CAUAAUAUAAGUGAAUAAAUGAAUAAAAUCCAAUAAAAUCCAUAAAGAGCAUUCAAAUCCCAGUGAUAUCUAUGAUAAUAUGAUAACAAGAUAUCAUGGAUAAAUGGUAAAUAUUCAACGUAUGGCCCGAUCUGACUAACAAUUGAGUUGCAGUGAUGUAAUGGCCUUUAAAUAAUUAAUAUAAGCAGCAAAGUAAAAGAGGCUGAGCCGUGGAGGAGAAGAAAAUCAAUGAUGGAGAGAGAGCAGAAGUGAAACAGAAAGAAAGAGAGAGAGACAGAGAAGAGACAGGCGCUCAGGCAGAUGGAUGGAUGGGAACCCCACCCCUGGCCUGCUUCCUCUCUGUCUGCUCCGUCCACUGAUAAGCAGCUGAGGAGGAAGUCGAGUAUUAUUUCAUCAGGACAUGUGAGGCAGGGGCAUCGUUUGUGUUUUGCUGAGGAGGUAUCUGAAGCCGCGCUGUCAGUGUGAUGGAGAUGCUGUAGGUGGUGACGCCAACGACCGCCUCCAUCUGAAGACAUCAGAGCCGCCUGACGGGCCAGAAAAACUAAAAUAAUAAAGUCGACUUCACAUCCUCCAGACUUUGUCGCUCUUGAACAUUUCAGUCUGAGCAGAGGGAUUUAAUGUUUCUUUUCCUGGCCGAAGUCUGUGUAUCUGGCUAGGUAGCAUCGUUCACCACCCAAAUUGGCUUGAUUAGCGGAGUCCCAGGCUGGUUCAGUGCUGGCAUGAAGCCGCACUAGUUCCCCCUCCAGGGCUACAGACUCACCAUUGGAUGAAGGCUCUGUGCUGUGAGAGAAAGCAGGCUUCUGACUUGGCUUCAGACAGCAGUUUGUGAAGUCUGCGAGCUUCCUGGAUCUUCCUUGCUUGUUCCCGACUUGUUACCCGACCCAAAAGACCUGCGUUUGACCAGCUGACAGCUAGUUUGGUUUGUUGGACAUGUGGUUGCUGCUAACUAGGUUUUUGUGCCCAUUUUGGAAAACCAUCUAGCUGUGAGUGUUGUAGCUCAGUGGCAGGCCCAGCCAUGGAGGGUCUUGAGCAGCUUGACAUGGUGGGCGACAUCAGCCCGGCUCUCGAGGCCACUGAGGACUUUAUCCACUGCGUGGAUGGGAUGCAAGGUCAAGGCCCGAGCCAAGCUCAAACAGGGACCCGGCAGCCUCUCAGACAACCCAAGCAGCUGCAGGAGGUUUCCAGCGCUGCGCUGGGGAAGCUGAGCUCCAGCGGUGUGUGGAGCCUGCUGGCCGGAGAGCAGCCAGAGGUGGGGCCCUUAGGCCUGGCCUGGGCUGACAACUUCAGCGUGCUGGGGCUGGGGAUGGGCUUAAGGCACGGCAAGAGAAGCCGAGCGCGCUCCACCAAUGACCUGGCGGCCCAUAGCAAGGAGUGCACCAACAACACCGCCAACUCCUCGUCCAACUCCGCCUUCAAGAAGGGACACAACCGGUCCAGGUCAGAUGUCAACUACCGGCCGUCUGCGUACACGGACAACGGGCUACCCACUGUGGACUGCAACACUCUGAAGAACAUGAUCCUCAACCAUCACCAGCAAGAGGCUGAUAAAAGCAGCAGCAGCAGCAGUGUGGUGAAGCAGGGUCCAAUGGAGCAGCGUGAGGGGCCCCGGGGCCGCUGGACGCCCUGCCAUGUGGAGCUGACACCCUGUGAGCUCAGGCUGUACACUCUGGACAGCAGCGCCAACCGCCAGCUGGGCACCGCCUACUCUCUGUCCCACUGCCAGAGCGUCAUCUCACCAGCUCCGUGCAGCCAGCCCGGCCAGACAGCCCAACCCGCCGAUCAACGCACACUCCAGGCUUUGUUCUUCAACAGCACGCGUCUCCAGCUGAAGGCAACCAACCAAUGGGAGGCCAUGGAGUGGAGGCGGCUAAUGUGGGAGAAGGUACAGGCUGCCAGACCUCUGAGGCAGGAGAGCCGCCAACGUAAGACCGGAGUGGAAAACCAACAGGUCACCACGUUUCCUGUACCCAUGUCACCGUCCUCCUCGCCUUCUCCGUCGGGGCUCGACACCCGGCCUGAUGGUGAGAGCGACACACCCACGUCAGCGGAGACAACUCUCCAGAUGAAUUCUGGCAUCCUGAGCAGACCCACCACCCUGCCUCUGUUCACCCAGCGCUGCCAGGACGUCCUCAAAACUGGUCUGCUCCACCAGCUGAUGGAUCAGAACAACUGGCGAGCUUUCACCUUUGUCCUGACCAGAUCUUCUCUCCGGGCCUUCCCUACUGAGGGGCGGGGGUCUGUGUCCAAGCCUUUCCUCCAGUACUCCCUGGCUUCCUGCUUGGCCGUGCAGCAUGACCAGGAGCCUGAGAACGGAGAGCCAUGGACAGAGAAAGGAGACUGCUUCCAGGCAGUUUUUUCCAAUGAGGUACUGAGACUUCGGGCGGAUGGUCAGCUCAAGGCCCAGGAAUGGGUGCAGGCCUUGCGGCAGGCAGUCGGGGCACAGAGGCCUGCCCAAGAAGAAGGUGGAGAAUCGGGUGAAGGAGCUCCAGUCCUCCAGGGAGUGCUGUUGAGAUCAAAACCAUCCAGGGAGAGAAGGCAGCGGGAGGCCCAGAGAGCCAAACGACAGUCAGUCACAACCAGUUUCCUCAGUAUUCUCACCUGUCUGGCUGUGGAGAAGGGGCUCACUGCUCAGAGCUUCAGGUGUGCAGGGUGUCAGCGUCCAGUUGGUCUUUCCAGAGGAAAAGCAAAGGUCUGCUACUACAGUGGCUGGUACUACUGCCAGAGCUGCCAUCAGGACAACUCCUUCCUCAUCCCAGCACGCCUGCUGCACAACUGGGACACCAGCAAGCACAAGGUGUCUAAGCAGGCCAAGGAGUUCCUGGAGUUUGUGUACGAGGAGCCCCUGCUGGACGUCCAGCAGCUCAACCCUUGUCUGUACGAGCACUGUGAGCCUCUCAGCACUGUCCUGCGUCUCCGUCAGCAGCUCCAGUCGCUGCGGGCCUACCUGUUCAGCUGCCGGGCAACUGUUGCCGAGGACCUCAGACGAAGGAUCUUCCCCAGGGAAUACCUGCUACAGCACAUUCACCUGUACUCCAUGGCUGACCUGCAGCAGGACGUAGUUUGGAAAGCAGACAGGGUCGCUGGGUACUGUCCAAACCACAGCAACGGCAAGAUUCCUGAUUACAAAACAGAAAGUUGUGCAGUGUGAGCAGUGCAGUGAUCUGACGACUUUG